GAAACGAGGCCCAGGGGAAGGACGGUGGCGGGAAUGGUAGAGAAAGGGCGGGAAGGCCACGGAUUUUGCUAGGGUUUGCGAUUUCGGCUUGCUCACCACCCCUGACCAGCAAUCGAGAGGGGGGAGAUGGCAGGGGAGGCCACCAAGGAGCCGCCGGCCGCCCAAGCCCAGCAGGAGCCCGCGAUGACGGAGGCUGCUCAGGUGGAGGAACUGCCCAAGGCCAUCGUGCGCCGAUUGGUCAAGGACAAGCUCGCCCACAUCGCCGGCGGAGAAGGAGCCGAGGUCAUCGUCAACAGGGACGCCAUGGCCGCCUUCGCCGACAGCGCCCGCAUCUUCAUCCACUACCUCUCCGCCACUGCCAAUGACAUGUGCAAGGAAUCAAAGAGGCAGACCAUCAAUGCUGAUGAUGUCCUCAAGGCGCUUGAUGAGAUGGAGUUUUCAGAGUUUGUAGAGCCCCUUAGGGCUUCCCUGCAAGUGUUCAGAAACAAAAAUGCGGGCCAAAGGUCAGAAGCAAGCAUAAAACAAAAGGAAAAGAGGAGGAAGUUAGAUAAGGAGCCACCUCCACAGAAGGAAAAUGAUCCAGCUGAUGAUGCCAAGGAGAAUGACGAUUAACUUUUCUGCUGAUGUGUUAGUUUUAUAUUAGUAGUUGUAUGCGCCUUGUGCUCCAUGUUGCCUCUGUAUGGUAAAACCUUUUGUAGACUUGAUAUGCUACUGUAUGGUAAAACCUUCCGCUAUCAGUUUUCA